AGCACUUUGGGAAGCAUGGUCAGCAUUUACAGCGGGGCAGGUGACUUUGGCAACAUCAGCGUCACGGGGGAGAUCACUUUCUCCUUGAGCUACGAAGAAAAAACGCAGGCCUUUUUUAUCCAUGUGAAGGAAUGCCGCCAUCUGGCAUAUGCUGACGAAGCCAAGAAGCGGUCCAGCCCAUACGUGAAGACAUACCUUUUGCCAGACAAAUCUCGUCAAAGCAAGCGAAAAACUACCAUCAAACGUAACACCGUCAAUCCUCUUUACAAUGAAUUGCUAAAGUAUGAGAUCCAGAAGUCUCUUCUGUUGACCAGGACUUUACAGUUCUCUGUUUGGCAUUAUGACCGCUUUGGACGGAAUCACUUCUUGGGAGAGGUGGAUAUCCCUAUGGAUGCCUGGAACUUCGACAGCCAGUUGGAAGAGUGUCUUCCCCUACAUGGAAAGAACCUCGGAGAAGCUUCUUCUUCUUCUCCUCUUCCUCCUCCUUCUUCUCAGUACAAAGGCGAGAUAGUGGUGUCCUUGAAGUUCAUCCCACCAGCUAAACAUCUCGGUGCAGGAAAUGGGAAGAAAGGCAAAAAGGAAGAAGGUGGUGAACUUCAGGUCUGGAUCAAAGAAGCCAAGAACUUGACCGCAGUCAAAUCCGGCGGGACAUCGGACAGCUUUGUCAAGGGGUUUUUGCUCCCUCUGAAGAACAGGACAGCGAAGAAGAAGACCCCAGUGGUGAAGAAGAGUCUGAACCCCCACUACAAUCACACCUUGGUCUACAAUAACAUCUUUACAGAACAGUUGUCCCACAUCUGUCUGGAGCUCACCGUGUGGGAUCGGGAGCCUUUGUCCAGCAAUGAUUUCUUGGGUGGCGUCCGGCUUGGAGUUGGCAAUGGGAUGAGUAACGGCCAGGUAGUCGACUGGAUGGAUUCCACGGGCGAGGAGAUAAGCCUGUGGCAGAAAAUGCGCCAGUACCCAGGAUCCUGGGCGGAAGGCACCCUUCCUCUUCGGGCCACCAUGAUCAAGACGAAGCCGUAAUUUUGUCCCCACUUGCUUGGAACAAUCAAAAUCUCGGCGGCCGGGGGGGGGGAGGGGAGAGACGCAGGUGUUCUGGAGAGCUGGCCCAAAACGAUCCAGCUCUCUUAACACAGGAGCUGCUUCUGCAACGGCUGUUCCAACCGGCUCUUUCUAAAGAAGGGAAUAUUUUUUGGGCAGCCUUUUUUAUUCCAGAGGUUCUUCGUUUUUGCAAUGUUGUUGGAGCUCUUCACAGCGUCUCAAUGUGCCUUUAAACCCCCCCCCCCCCCUUUUUUCUUCUUCUCCUUCUCCUUCUCCUUUCCUUCUCCUUCCUGGGCUGUCCUUGUUUUUUUUUUUCCCCCCUGCUUUUUUGUUUUAUUAAAAAAGCCCUUUGGGUGUAAGCUCUAUCUUUA